AUGGCCGAAGAUGGUAGCCAUGGCACCUCCGCCUCUGAUUUCUCAACAACCAUCGUUAAUUUGCUUCAUAAAUUUCUCGCCGUUCAGCAGCGUCGGAUCGAAGCCUAUUCCAACCUCAAAAGAAGAGAUUUCUUUGAUACAGGGGAUUUUGGGAGUAUAUGCUUUCGGGAAAUGAAUUGGCCUAUCAACAGCUUUGCAGUGACAUUACACUGGAGUUCAAUAACUGCUCUAAACAAAUUGUUUGUGAAGCGGGUUUCUGUGUUUUUUCGAGUUCAAGUCAUUGAAAUGGAGUCCCUAUUUCAGAAUUAUGAGUACGAUCGAGUUAAUUUAGCUAAGCUUUUGAGAUCUGUUCAAGAACAGGAAAAGCAGAAACUGAAUUUGACGGUCACAUUACAGGUACUGAAGAAGGCUGGUCGGCCAUCAGAACGUUUGGUGAGCCAUGCGGAUUGCAAAUUUGAGAAACCAAUGGAGCAUGAGUGUGUGCAUGUCCAUGAGAUUACAGAAGCUGGUGGGACUGAAGAGGCAGAAGCAGAUGCUAUGUAUGAUAAAGAACUAAAGGAGGCCAUUAGAGGAGUACAGGAUGCUGUGACUACUAUAAACGAGCAUUUGGAAGAGUAAACAAACUCGUGACACAUCAUUGGCACUAUAGUGAUGGACAAAAACAAGCAGUUGAUUAUUUUCUCUUUGGCAAUUUGAUGCUGGUGGAAAACUAUUGCAUAAAUUGGAUACUAAGCUUGCAGUUAGCUCUUAUGGGGAGGGUGAACUCGCCAGCCUUAUUCAAAUGUAAGGUUAUAUCAAACCUCGUUAGUUUAUUAAUAAUCAAAACAAACUAUGUGAAGUUUUGAAGAAAGAGAAAGAGAAAAUUGAUUAGACAAAUGGCCAUCCUUGUAGAGAUAAAAGGAUAUGAGUGUUCUUUGGACACAA